AUUGACACCUUCCUCAAAUCUCUAUAAACACACACACACUCAUAAGCACCGCACUCCAAAACCAAAACUCAAGAAAAUCAAGAAGAAGAAGAAGAUGGGCAAUGAUCACAAUUGUCAACAUUCACGCAAUGGAUUCACUUCAAGCAUGGGUCGUCUCCUGUGUUGCACAAUCCUCACAAUCCUCAUCCUCUGCGGCAUCAUCGCCCUCAUCCUCUACCUUGUCUACCGCCCUUCCAAACCCCACUUCGCCAUCUCCGGCGUCGCCGUCUACCAACUCACCACCACCUCCACCAACUCCACCACCACCAUUACCACCACCCCAGCUGCCACAAACUCCAUCAUCUCUAACCUCCAGUUCACCGUCCUCAGCCACAACCCCAACCACCGGAGUUCCAUUCUCUAUGACCAUCUCUCCUCCUACGUCACUUAUAGAAACCAAGCCAUAACUCAACCAGUAUCAUUGCCUAUGCUUUUUCAAGAGAAACAAGGAGAGGUUGCUUUGUCUCCGGUGAUGGGUAGUUUUACUCCGGUGCCGGUCUCCGGCGAUGUGGUAACUGGGUUAAUGAGUGAUGAAGGUUAUGGUGUAGUGGGACUUAGGUUGGUGAUCAUUGGAAAGCUUAGGUACAAAUCAGGACCGUUUAGGAGUGUAUGGUAUGGUUUCUUUGUAAGGUGUGAUGUGCUCAUUGGUCUCCGGAAGGGUUGCUCCGGCCAAGUUCCUAUUCUUGGUGCCCCGGAAUGUGAUGUUGAUGUUUGAUCCCUUCUUCUUCUUCUUCUUCUUCUUCUUCUUCUUCUUGUUUUAGUUGUUAUGUUUUAUAUUAUUAAUUAUUAUGGUGAUGUUAUCUCUUA